GUGGACCUAGUAGGCGGCACGUCCAUUGGCUCUUUCAUCGGAGCGCUGUACGCGGAGGAGCGCAGCGCCAGCCGCACGAAGCAGCGCGCCCGGGAGUGGGCCAAGCAACCUGCUGACCCCUCUGACCCCACAGCGGACAUCGCCCGCAGCAUGGGUGCCAAAACGGUCAUCGCCAUCGACGUGGGGAGCCAGGAUGAGACGGACCUCAGCACCUACGGGGACAGCCUGUCUGGCUGGUGGCUGCUGUGGAAGCGGCUGAAUCCCUGGGCGGACAAGGUGAAGGUUCCAGACAUGGCUGAAAUCCAGUCCCGCCUGGCCUACGUGUCCUGCGUGCGGCAGCUAGAGGUUGUCAAGUCCAGCUCCUACUGCGAGUACCUGCGCCCGCCCAUCGACUGCUUCAAGACCAUGGACUUCGGGAAGUUCGACCAGAUCUAUGUGAGUGGGCAGGAGUGGCAUGGCGCCUGCAUAGGUGGUCCAGCAAAGCUUUGCUACUUAAAGCUCAGAGCAGUGUGA